GAUGUCGGGCUCGAUCCGCCCACCCGCUAACGGAGGUCUACAGUCACACGUCGUCUCGUGAUCCUCGGCAUCAGAACCCCUGAGCGGGCCGAGAAGCUCCACAGUCACAUCCGGCAGGAGGACGCGAGUGAACAUCUAUGUCUUCCCCAGGUUAGCUCCCCCCUCCAUCGGCUCGGCCUGCCCUCCCGCUAUCGAGAUAAUGAGAGGAUGGCGGAAGACGGAAGCGGGCAGCUCGGACUGACGGACGCCGGUGAGCAUCAGCACCACAGCGCCAUGGCUUCCGCCGAGGAUCUGUCGCUGGAGGAGAUCCUCCGGCUUUACGGCCAGCCCGUCAACGAGGAGCAGGCUUGGGCCGUGUGCUACCAGUGCUGCGCCACGCUGCUCCAGGAGCACCGGGGGAGGCGGAGAGGCUCCGAUGCUGCCCCCACGCAAACAUACCCGACCAGGAUAGCAGGACCCGGCGAUGUUCGGAUUGCCAAAGACGGAUCUGUGAGGCUGCACCACCAGAACUGUGAAGGUAAAUACAACGUGUGCACACAAACGGAGGUGAUUGAGUCUCUUGGUAUCAUGGUCUACAAAGCUCUGGACUACGGGCUGAAAGAGAACGAGGAGAGGGAACUGAGUCCUCCUCUGGAGCAGCUCAUUGACAUGAUGACCAACAUAGUGGAGAGCGAUGUCUGCCCCGAUGAAGGCUACGAGGCAACCGAGGAAGAAGAUGACGCGGAUGACCACCCUGACAACAUUUCUAGCCUUCAUGGCUACAGAGGUAUCCUCAAGAUGUGUACGGAGCAUUUACCCAGUCAGUCGGAUGCCCCCAGUCACUUCCAGGCAGUGUGCCGGGCUCUGUACACGGAGACCAGGGAACUCCGGACUUUCCUAGAGAAGAUCAAGAGUGCCAAGGAGAACCUUCGUAAGAUGGAGGAAGACGCAACAGUAGGAGCCAGCAGAGACCUGGAUGACCUGCAAAACGCAGACUGGGCUCGAUUCUGGGUUCAGGUGAUGAGGGAUCUUCGAGACGGAGUCAAGCUUAAAAAGGUGCAGGAGCGCCAGUACAACCCUCUGCCCAUUGAAUACCAACUUACCCCCUACGAAAUGCUUAUGGAUGACAUCAGGUCCAAACGCUACAAACUGCGCAAAGUCAUGGUGAAUGGUGACGUACCACCCAGGCUUAAAAAGAGUGCACAUGAAGUCAUACUGGAGUUCAUUAGAUCCAGACCCCCCCUUAACCCUGUGUCUGCACGUAAACUCAAGCCACCAACACAGCCUCCUCCUACGCUUCAUGAAAGGAUACUCAAGGAAAUUAAAUCUGAGAGGAAACUACGAUCCGUGUCUCCCGAUCAGAUCCGCAGGGGCCGACUGGGUUUUGGCAAAACUCGCAGUAUGCCACAGGACUUGUUCCGUACGGGACUAGAGGAAUUUAGUCCAUACAUGGGCAGGAGGACGUCCAGCACUCUGUCUUUGAACAAUGAACCAUCAUCUCCAAAAGUGCAACCCUCCGGAUCUCAGUCCGUACCCCAGAGGAAGAAGCUUCUGAAGGCUCCCAGUCUGGCUGAGCUCGACAGCUCUGACUCCGAUGAUGAGAUCACAGGGAACAGAUCAAUCAGCACCUCGAGUGUGGCGACAUCUCUGAUGGAUGACACCUCUCCGGAGUCAGCACUGGGAAAGAAGACUCCCCCGCUGUUCCUGCCCAUCUCAUCCACACCGCAGCCGGAGAGGCGCCAGACGCCCCAGAGGAGACACUCCAUUGAGAAGGAAACCCCGACCAAUGUCCGACUCUUUCAGCGGCCCUCUAAACAGAACUCUAAAUCUCUGGAGGAAUUUGGUUUCCCUGUGGAGUGUCUGUCUCUGACAGUGGAGGAGGUGAUGCACAUCAGACAGGUGCUGGUAAAGGCAGAGCUGGAGAAAUUUCAGCAGUAUAAAGAAAUCUACACGGCAAUGAAAAAGGGAAAGCUUUGCUUCUGUUGUCGAACCAAAAGGUUUUCCCUUUUCACCUGGUCUUACGUCUGCCAGUUUUGCAAAAAGCCUGUGUGUUCACAGUGUUGCAAAAAGAUGAGACUGCCAUCCAAACCUUAUUCCAGCCUGCCCAUCUACUCCAUCGGCUCUACUAACACUCUUCCCAGUGAGAGCAUAAGUGCCAUGACUUCUGCAGGACAGGGACUCUCUGUAGCUGGAGGUCCGCUGACUCCAGGUGUGGCUGAAGCAGCGGCAGCUCCGACUUCCAAAGCAGAAGCAAAAGGAGCUGGAAAGGCUUUUGGGGCAGCAGCAGGAAAAUCGGAGAAGUCCUCCAGUGGCCAUCGACGACCAAGCAUCCACAAGACCAUGUCCAAGCUGUCCAAGCACGGCUCCUUAAAGUCUCAUGAAGCACUAGAGCUUCCUCCAGAGCUGACCGAGGACUGGGCCACCAUGGAGGUGUGUGUCGACUGCAAGAAAUUCAUCUGUGACAUUAUCGCCUCCAGCAAGCACAGCCUGUCUCUCGCCACUAAGAGAGCUCGUUUAAAACGCAAGACGCAAUCCUUAUACAUGUCCUCCCCUAAAGGAAGGGAGGAGUACCGGCCCACUGAGCGAACAAUCAGUGAGAUCUAAACUCUAGACGUCUCUGUAUGUACCACAGCCAUAAAUAAUACAACUCUGGGGUGGAUGAGGGCUUUGUUGAUGUGUCCUCGCCAUCAUGUACAGCUCCUCUCCUGAAUUAUUUUUUAUCAUUAUGGAUAACCCUUUAAUGUCUACUCGAGAACUUAGAAAAAAAGAGAGGAAACACAAUGUUUGUCUGUACUUUCCUCUCAGAGUGAUGCACCCCAGCUCACACUGAAACUAAUAAGCACAAGACAGAAGAAAGACUGUCUGACCUCCUUGAGGCCUGCGCAGUGGUCAUGUGGUAAAGAGUGACAGUCAGAUUUAUCAAAACUCUACAAUAUGUCCAUCCAUCCAUCCAUCAUCUUCCGCUUAUCCGAGGUCGGGUCGCGGGGGCAACAGCCUAAGCAGGGAAACCCAGACUUCCCUCUCCCCAGCCACUUCGUCUAGCUCUUCCCGGGGGAUCCCGAGGCGUUCCCAGGCCAGCCGGGAGACAUAGUCUUCCCAACGUGUCCUGGGUCUUCCCCGUGGCCUCCUACCGGUUGGACGUGCCCUAAACACCUCCCUCGGGAGGCGUUCGGGUGGCAUCCUGACCAGAUGCCCGAACCACCUCAUCUGGCUCCUCUCGAUGUGGAGGAGCAGCGGCUUUACUUUGAGUUCCUCCCGGAUGGCAGAGCUUCUCACCCUAUCUCUAAGGGAGAGCCCCGCCACACGGCGGAGGAAACUCAUUUCGGCCGCUUGUACCCGUGAUCUUAUCCUUUCGGUCAUGACCCAAAGCUCAUGACCAUAGGUGAGGAUGGGAACGUAGAUCGACCGGUAAAUUGAGAGCUUUGCCUUCCGGCUCAGCUCCUUCUUCCCUACAACGGAUCGAUACAACGUUCGCAUUACUGAAGACGCCGCACCGAUCCGCCUGUCGAUCUCACCAUCCACUCUUCCCCCACUCGUGAACAAGACUCCUAGGUACUUGAACUCCUCCACUUGGGGCAGGGUCUCCUCCCCAACCCGGAGAUGGCACUCCACCCUUUUCCGGGCGAGAACCAUGGACUCGGACUUGGAGGUGCUGAUUCUCAUUCCGGUCGCUUCACACUCGGCUGCGAACCGAUCCAGUGAGAGCUGAAGAUCCCGGCCAGAUGAAGCCAUCAGGACCACAUCAUCUGCAAAAAGCAGAGACCUAAUCCUGCGGUUACCGGAUACAAUAUGUAUCAGGUUUAAUUUACCUUUGUAUUUUUUUUUGUAUGCACUCAUCAUUUUGGACAAAUUAUCAAAUGUUCAUUAUUUAAAGUGGCUUGUUUCAUUCAUUCUUUUAUGGACUAAAAUCAUUUUUUGUGCAGAUGUAGUGCCAUGAAGUGAAAUACCUGUUGUCCACAAAGUCACUUUACAAUGUAAGAAAUAUACAGUAGAACCUCAACUUAUUAAUUGGUUCUGUGACAUUAAAACACUUGUAAUUUAAAACAACUUCUCCCAUUGAAAUUAAUUGAAAUCAAUGAAUUAGUAUUUGAGCCCCUUAAAGGGGAACAUUAUCACAAUUUCAGAAGGGUUAAAACCAGUAAAAAUCAGUUCCCAGUGGCUUAUUUUAUUUAUCGAAGUUUUUUUCAAAAUUUUACCCAUCACGCAAUAUCCCGAAUAAAAGCUUUAAAGUGCCUGAUUUUCACGAUUGGUAUAUCCACCCGUCCAUUUUCCUGUGACGUCACUGCGUGAUGCCAAUACAAACAAACAUGGCGGAUAGAACAGAAAAAUAUAGCGACAUUGGCUCGGAUUCAGAAUCAGAUUUCAACGGCUGAAGCGAUUCAACAGAUUACGCAUGUAUUGAAACGGAUGGUUGGAGUGUGGAGGCAGAUAGCGAAAACGAAAUUGAAGAAGAAACUGAAGCUAUUGAGCCAUAUCACGACAGACCGCGGCAACGAAUGACGAGUUCUAACUAACGAUUGCAUCUUUUGACAACUGGUGCAACUUGAAUCCGUCGAUUGGUAUGUGUUUGUUUGGCAUUAAAUGUGGGUGGAGGGAAAGGCUGGAUGCAAAUAUAGCUACAAAUGAGGCAUAAUGAUGCAAUAUGUACAUACAGCUAGCCUAAAUAGCAUGUUUGUAUCGAUUAGCUGGCAGUCAUGCCGUGACCAAAUAUGUCUGAUUAGCACAUAAUUAGCACAUAAGUCAAUAACAUCAACAAAACUCACCUUUGUGAUUUCGUUGACUUUUAUCGUUGGAAAUGCAUCUGCUUUGAGUGUCGCAGGAUAUCCACACAUCUCUAUGCCCUCUCUGUCGUAGCAUCGCUAUCGUCGGUAAAGUGUGCGAGGGACUUUCGCAUCUUUUGACCACUGGUGCGGUGCAACUUGAAUCCGUCGAUUGGUAUGUGUUUGUUUGGCAUUAAAUGUGGGUGGAGGGAAUGGCAGGAUGCAAAUAUAGCUGCAAAUAAGGCAUAAUGAUGCAGUAUGUACAUACAGCUAGCCUAAAUAGCAUGUUAGCAUGUAUGAGCAUGCCGUGACCGUUGAUAUGUCUGAUUAGCACACUCCACGUAAGUCAACUUGAAUCCGUCCCUGUUGGUGUUGUUACGCCCUCCGACAACACACCGACGAGGCAUGAUGUCUCCAAGGUACGAAAAACAGUCGAAAAAACGGAAAAUAACAGAGCUGAUUUGACUUGGUGUGUGUAAUGUGUUUGAGAAAAUGGCGGAUUGCUUACUGUUUUGACGUCACAGGUUUAAUGUCAUUGCUCUGACAACGAACAAUUGAAAGGCGUUUCAAUCGCCAAAUUCACCCUUUCAGAGUUCGGAAAUCGGUUAAAAAAACAUGGUCUAUAUUGACGCUUACAUAGGUCGGGUGAUAAUGUUCCCCUUUAAAACAGCUCCAUUUUAACAUAUCACAUGCCAUUUCAUAAGAAAAAAAAUAUUUUAUAUAUAAGACAUAUUGUAUAAAAACAAUAUAAGUAGGAAGUAAGAUAAUAAUAAAGCAUUUACCCUGGACAGUGGACUUCAUCUCCUUCCAGUUGCUAUUCCUCAAACCCAUCAUCAGCAGCUUUUCCAUAGUUUCAUAAAUAAAUAGAUAAUAUUUUAACAUUGUUGGCUGUUGUAUCAACUCAUUGUGAUUCAAUAUGGUACAGACUAUUAGUGAUACAUUCGAAUUGCUUCGCCAAGUUAGCCAGCUACUUGCUCAAGCAUGUUUUUGAUUAUUUAUUUAUUUUAUUCAUUGAAUAUCAUCUGCUUCUUCUUAGCACUGUCCUUCAAUUUUUUUCCAUGGUUGGAAAAACAAAGUUAUGUCGAACUCCAGAUGUUAGCUAAUGCUAGCAUGUAAAGUCAAACAUGUUUUGAGAUACCACUGUAUUACAAAAGCAACGGAUGAGAUAUGUAAAUUAGAAUUAUUUUUAUACUGCAUGGUUAUUAAAAUGUUUAAAGACAUUGGGUUUUUAAAUCAAACAUACAUUCAUGCAUUCACUUCCCUGAACAUAUUACUACCAUGUUAAAAAAUAUUGUUUUUGGAAGAAAAGGUAUGGGUCAUCGCCCAAAUAACUUAGCCGAUCUGUAUCAAACCAUGCAAAAGACUUCAAUAUUCUGUAAUAAUUUCCACAGACUUUUCUAUUUGUUUACUUUUAAAAUAUAUUUGUUAAAUUGUGAUGAGACUUUAUGGACGCUUUGUAUUUUCUACUCCUUUUGACCCGAGGGGAAGGUCUGCCAUAAUAAUCCAACAAACUCUCCGAACCCUUUCCCUCCAAGGUUCUAAGUAUUUAGGAAUGAACAAGCAGACAAACGAAAUUGCAAACAUUCGUAAAAGUACCUCCUUGUGUGGUUCGUAUGGUAAACAGUAUCUACAAGUGUCUCGAUUUAAACGUUGUAUUGGUCGUGCAGUGACCUUUUUUAAAUCAAGGUUGUGUCCAAAGCAGUGGUUCUUAACCUUGCUGGAGGUUCUGAACCCCACCAGUUUCAUUUGCACAUUCACCGAACCUUUUUUUAGUGAAAAAAACCCCACAACAUACAUUUUCAAAUUCAAGACAAAUAUAUAUUUUUUUACUGGUGCACAAAAUGAUCCAUGCAUGAACAUUACCUUGUUCAAAGAACAAAACCAACACAGUGUAUGAACUUUGAUUGAUUGAUUGAUACUUUUAUUAGUAGAUUGCACAGUACAGUACAUAUUCCGUACAAUUGACCACUAAAUGGUAACACCCCAAUAAGUUUUUCAACUUGUUUAAGUCGGGGUCCACGUUAAUCAAUUCAUGGUAAAACUCACAAAUUACACACCUAAAAAUCAGUGUGUUGCCGGGUCCAUAAUACGCCUAUAGGGAGAAGUUUUUAUUGACACCAUGAGUAAGGUGUAUCUUGACUUCCGCGGUGGAGGCUCCACCGAACCCCUGAGGCCGACUCACCGAACCCCAAAGGUUGGAUCGAACCCAGGUUAAGAACCACUGGUCUAAAGCAUAAUAAUAAUGAUGACAUCUAAACAUCUCUUGUACAAACCAAUAAUUGCAUAGCUGGUGUACAAACAUUUAUGACACAAAUGUGCCCAUGUUGAUGUUGGAAGUCAUGCUUUCUAAUGCUUAUUUAUUUACUUCUUAUAUUAAUUAUAUUUGAUUUUAAAUAGCUGCAUUGUCUGCAUUUCUAUAUUUGGCUAUUUUAACCGGCUGUUUCUUUUUGGCAGUAUCAUUGCAGUAUCACAUUUACUUUAGUCUUCAGAUCAGUCAUUAUUUAUAAGUGCUGUUUAAAAUGGUACAUUGAACAUUACAUACAAUCCCUACGACUGUAUUACAGUUUUUUUUGCACAAACAUUUUGACAACACACACUCAGCUCAACAAAUUUAAUACAUGCUGUUAUUAUGCCUUCCUUUGCGAUCCAGAAACUGACUUCCUAUAUGUUGGCUUCAUUUUGUUUCGUUUUGCCUUAAAAGUUUGAAUAUAUUAGUGGUCACACUGGUAUGUUAACAUGUCAUCUGCAGUGAGUGUACAAGUUGUUUUUGCUGAAUGACGUGUUUCAAUUGUGUUGCCUUGACGGUGUUUGUAGGUUGGAGGAAGGAUGGAGAAGUCCACAAGGGGAAACAGCGUCAUGCAUGAACAGUUUCACUUGUAUCUUCAGUGUGUAUUAUCUUCAAACUCAAAUUCCCUGGCCAGAGUGCAACAAAUGAACAAAAAUAAAUGCAAUACCUCCA